AUGGUCUACACACUCAUCUGUCAUGCGGAAGUCAAGCCUGGUUGCGAAGAGAAGAUGAAGGCAAAGCUCAUCGAGGCGGCCGCCAUCUACAAGAAGGACAGAGAGACGAUUGACUGGCUCGUACACCAAGACACCUCCAACCCCCUCAAAUUCUCCAUCGUAGAGCGCUUCGAGCACGAGUCUUCUCAAAAGUACCAUUUGGAGAACCCUUACUGGGCUACAUUCAACCCGGCCGUGGAGCCUUGGUUGGCGAAGCCUAUUGAGAUUGGGAGGUAUGAGGAAUUGUGA